AUGGAAAAUCCUCAAAUUCAGGUUCGAUCUGAAAUUUUGGACACCAAAUUCAAAUCUUCAUUUUUCUCGGCAUCAUCGCCAGUUGUCAUAACCCUAACAUCCAAUUCGAAUGGCUCCGAAUCAAUUGGUGGUGAAAACACGCUUGACAUUAUGAAAUAUUCUGAAAAUAGAACUUCACACGCGGAGCAAUUCCAGGGGAAUUUCACUUGCAAUUCAAAUCCACAAAGCCAGCUUUUAAGUGAAAUGAUUUUGCCGACUUGCUCUUCCUCUACUCAAGCAUCUAAUGAUGCGCCAAAAUCCUUAUUUAUUAUCAGGGAGGACGGCCUUAUUAAGAAGACACUCUCGAUGACCAUUGAUGGCCAGCUUCAUCAUUUAGUCUGUUAUUACUCAAAGUCUGACUUUUUCCUUGGGAAGGAAUCGAAAGGUCUUCCUUCUAUACCGCCUUCUGACCAAAUAGUUGAAAAUGAUAUUUCCGAAAGGACAUUCUCAUUAUCUAGGUUUGGUCAAGCGUCGUUUCCUCAGAUAUUGCCAAAGACUUCGAUUUGUAACAAGAAAGAUACACACCUUAAAAGAAAAAGACGCCACUCUUCAAAUUCAAUUCCCUCGGAUUACUCUUCCGUUGGAACAAGAAAAAUCUUGCCCUCCACUGCCGUAGAAAAUCUUUCUGGCACUUCAAGAAUGGCUGGUAUUAGGGCAAAUAGCCAUUCAGGCAUCUUUCCCAAUGCAUUCUACACAUUUCCACAGCCAUCAGCCAAGAGUAACAUGUCUUCUCAAAACCUCAAUGGAUUUUUAGCUACUCUUCCGAUGCCAAUGACCAGGGGAUAUUAUUUUCCGAACUUUCCUACCAACAACGAACAAGAAAAUAGUGCACACUUUUUCCCAAUCACCACCGAUCCCAUCAGUAAUGCAUUUUCAGGUCCGAAUGCUUCAAUUCCUCUUUCCUCUAAUGGGUCAAUAAGUGAGUUUGCAAAUCCUUCUAUCGAACAGUGUCCCUUCCCUUUAAAUAUGUCCCAUAUUCCAUUUGGAGACGGUUAUCCUCAGUUUGUUCCGCCGUGGAACCAUGAUUUUUAUAUUCCUCCUUUUGUCUCAACACCGUUCACCCCGCCUACGGAUUGUAGAUUUGUCGGAUCCUCCCCGACAUCUGUGUCUUCAUCGUGCAACAGCUUUUCAAGCUCGAGUGUGAUGAAUCCUAUGGUGGAUGUGAGUUUUUCCGAGCAAGCUUGUUCGCAAAGAAUAUCAUGCGAGGAAAGUUCAUCAAACGAGCUAAGUAGCUCAUACGGCUAUGAUAACUAUUUCCCAUCAGAGGAUAUCUUGAAUUCGAAAUUUCCAUCCGAAGAUAUUCUUAACUCCAAAUUCGAGUCAGAAGACCUCUUAAAUUCAAAGCUAUUGCAGUCAGAGUCGAUUUUUACUGACGAACUUUCGACAAAUCCGUUUCUUGAUUCGAAUUUUGAUACUGAGCAUGUUAUCCCCAAGCUUUCGGCCGAUAAUCCAAAUGCUAUCCCCAAUUCGUGA